UCGUGCUCGAAGUCGUGCUCGAAGUGGUGCUCGAAGUGGUGCUCGAAGUCGUGCUCGAAGUCGUGCUCGAAGUGGUGCUCGAAGUGGUGCUCGACGUCGUGCUCGAAGUCGUGCUCGAAGUGGUGCUCGACGUAGUACUUCUCGUCGUUGUCGUGGACGAAGAUUUAAUAGAUGUGGUAGUCGUAGAAGUACAGGCCUAUGAUGUACAAUCAGUACAAGACCCCCAACUGGCAGACACAAGUACGGCUUUUAGAUAA